CUAGCAGCAGUAUUUUCCCUUCUAAGUUUUGUAAACCCAAGUGGAACCAACUACUCAUUUGGUCACGCUACUAUAAAUGCAACGUUACAUUAUCAAUACCCCGUAAACCAUUGCUUCAUCCACCCACCACCAAAAAAGAGUGCAGGGCCUGCAUUGUUAUCGAAAAAAAAAAAAAAAAAAAAAAAACUAGUAAUAUACUAGCUGAGAUAGUAUAUUCUUGUUGUCGAAAGCCAGCUCCAAAAAUGGUGAGUUCUGAUUCAGUGAAUUCAAGGGUUGAGACCUUGGCCGGCAGUGGAAUCUCAACCAUUCCAAAAGAGUACGUCAGACCUAAAGAUGAGCUCGUAAACAUUGGUGACAUCUUCGAACAAGAGAAGAACAACGAAGGGCCUCAAGUUCCCACCAUCGAUUUGAAGGAGAUAGAGUCUGAUAACGAAAAAGUGAGAGCAAAAUGCAGGGAGGAAUUGAAGAAGGCAGCUGUGGACUGGGGUGUCAUGCACCUUGUGAACCAUGGCAUCUCCGACGAGCUCAUGGACAAGGUCAGGAAGGCCGGUAAGGCCUUCUUUGACCUUCCCAUUGAGCAGAAGGAGAAGUAUGCCAAUGACCAGGCCUCUGGUAAGAUUCAAGGAUAUGGAAGCAAGCUUGCAAACAAUGCAUCUGGGCAGCUUGAGUGGGAGGACUACUUCUUCCACUGUGUAUACCCAGAGGACAAGCGUGACUUGUCUAUUUGGCCUCAAACACCUGCUGAUUACAUUGAGGCAACCGCCGAGUAUGCUAAGCAACUGAGGGAGCUAGCAACCAAGGUACUGAAAGGUCUGUCACUUGGCUUGGGAUUGGAUGAAGGGAGGCUGGAGAAAGAAGUUGGUGGACUUGAAGAGCUCCUCUUGCAAAUGAAAAUCAACUACUACCCAAAAUGCCCUCAGCCGGAGCUUGCACUUGGUGUUGAAGCUCACACUGACGUGAGUGCACUCACCUUCAUCCUCCACAACAUGGUUCCUGGCCUGCAGCUUUUCUAUGAAGGAAAGUGGGUCACUGCCAAGUGCGUUCCAAAUUCCAUCGUCAUGCACAUUGGGGACACACUUGAGAUUUUGAGCAAUGGGAAGUACAAAAGUAUACUCCACAGGGGCAUGGUGAACAAGGAAAAGGUGAGGAUUUCAUGGGCAGUUUUCUGUGAGCCACCAAAGGAGAAGAUCAUCCUUAAGCCACUGCCGGAGACCGUGUCCGAGGACGAGCCGGCAAUGUUCCCACCACGAACUUUUGCUGAGCAUAUUCAGCACAAGUUGUUCAGGAAGAGCCAAGAGGCUUUGCUCCCCAAGUGAGGCGGGUUGUGCUAAAUUAUAAUAUUGUUGUGAACUAUCGUACUAAUAAAUCUGUUUAUGGCAUAGUUGGUAUGAUAUCUCUUGGUUUCCAUAGUAUGUGGGUUUUCUUUUUGCACCUGGAUAAGCUACUCCUAUCUGCCUGCUUUGUUGAAUAAUAUUGAUUUUAUGUCCUUGUACCUGUGAUGAAUGGCUAUUGUCAAGUCAAGAUUUCAAUAUAUGGGUACUUUCAUUUUCUA